AUGCGUACAAGGGCUAGCGACGACGGCGGCGGGGGAGGCUCGGGGAUGACAGUGUCUUUGCCCGUUGGGGUAACGGUCGUCGUUACCGGCCGGGCCUGAGGCGCCGCACCAUCUACUGCGGCCGGAGUAGCCCCGGCCCAACGGAGCUAGAGCGGCGCGAGAAGAAGCGUGAGGGCGGCCAGGCGCGAGGGAGGGGCCUGCAGCGGGCCUGGUCGUGCGCGCUGGGUGGCGGCGGCGGCGGCCUGGCGGGGUGAGCUCGCUUAAACCGCGGCUGGGCAGGCAGGCGGCGGCGGCGGCGGCGGCGGCGGCGGCGCAGCACCGUGGCAGUCGCGCUUGGAGGAGUCGUCCGUGCCGUGCCGAAAAGAUGGCCGGGCUGUGAGGGGGCGGCGCUUGCGCUGGUGACCCCAAGUGUGCGGCUGAGAAGCGGAGGGGCGCCGCCGUCGCCGCCUGCCUGCCUGCCUGCCUGCCUGCCUGCCGGGCCUGCUCCCCGCCCCCUCCCGCCGCCGGGCCCCGCGCGCACUUCCUCCCGGGCCUCCCUUUCGGGCGGGGGCCUCCCUCCCGCCCGCCUGCCGCGCCAGGCGCAGCGUGGGCCCCGCGUCCGGCAUGGCGAGAACGGCAGCGGCGCGCUCCCGCCGCAGUAGCAGCAGCAGCAGUAGCAGCCACAGCAGCAACAGCAACCUCCGCCGCCGCGGCUGCUGGCACUAGACCCGGGAAUCCGACGCCUGCGCCGUAGUCCCCACCGUCCCGCUGCCUCCGCGACGUCGCUGCGAUGGAGUAAGGGCCCCGCCGUCGGAAGAGAAACGUGUGGACCGCUUGGACCCCACCGGGCCCGCUCCCGUGCGCGCCAGCUCCACCCGGAGGUGCCUCCGCGGCCGGACAUGCUGCUCGAGCGCAGGCCGCCCGCCGAGCCGCGGGGCUAGAGCGAACCCGGAGCCCGUCCGGAGCACCCAGCCGCGGCCGUGUCGGACGAACUCGAUCGCUGAUUUCGCUUGUCUCUCUUUGGUCUGCAAGUCUCAGGGACAGAGGAGGGGCGCCGAGGCCCCCAUGUGUGGGAGGAUUGCUUCAGCUUCACAAACUUGCACGGAUUUUGGUUGCUGCUUUGGCCAGGGGUUCUGCUCAGAUUUCUUCCGAAUUGUUUUAAAUUCGCCAUUGUUCCCUGGCUGCUUACAAACUUGGAUCCGGAAUUUCUUUUCAACCGGGAGCCAUUGGUGUCGAAGUGUCUGCAAUGAACCCGGUGAAUGCUACUGCUCUCUACAUUUCCGCGAGCCGCCUAGUGCUCAACUACGACCCCGGAGACCCCAAGGCGUUUACAGAGAUUAACAGGCUCUUGCCUUACUUCCGACAGUCCCUCUCGUGCUGUGUUUGCGAGGGUGGAUGGUAUAAUCUUGAUGCACCUCCAGCCAGAGACCUCAGUGCCCCAGGUUCUACAACAGAUGGUUUGAAGGACAUUUGCUUCAAGAUCCUAUUGCACCCACCAACUCCACCUGCCAACACUAUGUCUGCAAAACUUGUAAAGGCAAGAAAAUGAUGAUGAAACCUUCAUGUAGCUGGUGCAAAGACUAUGAGCAGUUUGAGGAGAACAAGCAGUUAAGCAUCCUAGUGAAUUGCUACAAGAAACUGUGUGAAUAUAUAACCCAGACGACACUGGCACGGGAUAUAAUAGAAGCAGUUGACUGUUCUUCUGAUAUUUUGGCUUUGCUUAAUGACGGAUCAUUGUUUUGUGAGGAGACCGAGAAACCUUCAGAUUCAUCCUUCACUCUGUGUUUGACACAUUCCCCUUUACCUUCAACUUCAGAACCCACAGCUGAUCCUCAAGCUAGCUUAUCUCCAAUGUCUGAGAGUACCCUCAGCAUUGCCAUUGGCAGUUCUGUUAUCAAUGGUUUGCCUACUUACAAUGGGCUUUCAAUAGAUAGAUUUGGUAUAAAUAUCCCUUCACCUGAACAUCCAAAUACAAUUGACGUGUGUAAUACUGUUGAUAUAAAAACUGAGGAUCUGUCUGACAACCUGCCACCUGUCUGUGACACGGUAGCCACUGACUUGUGCUCCACAGGUAUUGAUAUCUGUAGUUUCAGUGAAGAUAUAAAACCCGGUGACUCUCUUUUGCUGAGUGUUGAGGAAGUACUCCGCAGCUUAGAAACUGUUUCAAAUACAGAAGUUUGCUGUCCUAAUUUGCAGCCAAACUUGGAAGCCACUGUAUCCAAUGGACCUUUUUUGCAGCUUUCUUCCCAGUCUCUUAGCCAUAAUGUUUUCAUGUCCACCAGCCCUGCACUUCAUGGGUUAUCAUGUACAGCAGCAACUCCCAAGGUAGCAAAGUUGAAUCGAAAACGAUCCAGAUCUGAAAGUGACAGUGAGAAAGUUCAGCCACUUCCAAUUUCUACCAUUAUCCGAGGCCCAACACUGGGGGCAUCUGCUCCUGUGACUGUGAAGCGGGAAAGCAAAAUCUCUCUUCAACCUAUAGCAACUGUUCCCAAUGGAGGCACGACACCCAAGAUCAGCAAGACUGUACUUUUAUCUACUAAAAGCAUGAAAAAGAGUCAUGAACAUGGAUCCAAGAAAUCUCACUCUAAAUCCAAGCCAGGUAUUCUUAAAAAAGACAAAGCAGUAAAGGAAAAGAUGCCUAGUCAUCAUUUUAUGCCAGGAAGCCCUACCAAGACUGUGUACAAAAAGCCCCAGGAAAAGAAAGGAUGUAAAUGUGGGCGUGCUACUCAAAAUCCAAGUGUUCUUACAUGCCGCGGCCAACGCUGCCCUUGCUACUCUAACCGGAAAGCCUGCUUAGAUUGUAUAUGUCGUGGCUGCCAAAACUCCUAUAUGGCCAAUGGGGAGAAGAAGCUGGAGGCAUUUGCGGUGCCAGAAAAGGCCUUGGAGCAGACCAGGCUCACUUUGGGCAUUAAUGUGACUAGCAUUGCUGUGCGUAACGCAAGUACCAGCACCAGUGUAAUUAAUGUCACAGGGUCCCCUGUAACGACAUUUUUGGCUGCCAGUACACAUGAUGAUAAAAGUUUGGAUGAAGCUAUAGAUAUGAGAUUCGACUGUUAAAUCAGUGGGUCUUUAAACCUACCCCUUGGUAGGAAAUAGCUACAGUUUUACGGCAGCUAUGGUUCUGUUGGUUUAACUUGCCGGAGCUCCUGCAUAUAGAUCACUUGUAUCAAGUGUUUUCAUUGCUAAGUUAUAUGUGUUAGUGUCGGGGAAAUAGUUUGCAGAUAAUGGAGGAGUAACCCUACAACUAUAUGUUCUUAGUUCUUACAGAACCUCAUAGUUUGAGAACAAAUGCUGAUGCAACUGAUUUAUACAAAAUGAACUUUGGCAAGGAAAUAACAAUAACCUCAUUGUUUAUGGUCAUGCUUUGUGCAUAAUCAAAGUUGAUGAUUAAAAUGUAAGGAAGUGGUAUCAGUCAGUCCAUAAAGAUUGCGCUAAUUUUUUUGUGAAAAAGUAGCCAUUAGUUUAUCAGGAGACUUUGUGCUGCCUUCAAAUGCCGCACUGAUAUUUCUCCUGUUGAAAAGCUGAUGUGUCCAGCUCAACCUUUGUGCUGACAUAAUACCAUUUCUGAUCAUGAAAAUUGGCUACUGGCGUGUAUGUAGCAGUUCUUAAAUCAGCAGUAUUAUGAAAGAAAAUUUCCCCCUCAUUAGAAUGUUUAAGAAAUCUGUCUUUUAAAAAAGUGAACAAAUAAAUUCCAUCAGACCACAAAUGUUAAGCUGUUUAUGCUUUAAAUAUUUAUGAGUUCAGCCCUCCUUUCUAGUUAUCUGAUUUACUUCUAUGAGAAAAUCCUAAGUCCUUUCACUUUGAGCAAUGUUCUAUUUGGUAAAUAAAGUGAAGAGCUGUUUUAUUCUGAAUAUAACUGAAUUUAUAUAGUUCAUGACAGAAUUUUUAAAAAAUAUAAAAAUAAUCUAAAAAUUGGGUUUUAUUUAAAUGAAUUCUGGAAUAAUGCCCCAAAUGUGCCCAGACUUAUGCAUUAUACUUAUUGCCAUUGACAACUUCUUUUUUAUUUAUUUCCUAUUUGCCACGGGCUUUACCUUGAAUAUGCUCCUUUUUUUCCUUUUCUUUCUUUUCUUUUUUCUUUUUUAGGGUGCUGUUCAAAAUGAAGGCUUCUUCAUCAAGGCCUUUAGUGAAGCCUGGGCAUUUAGGUCUAAAGCUCGGAGGAUCUUCUUUAGAUGCUCUUGCAUGUAAAGCACAAACUGUUUCAGUUUAAUGUACUUCCUCCUACUAACUUUAUGGGGAAGAUAAACAUUCUGUUGAUGGGAGGUCCUAGUCAGUUGCUUGAGAGAGCACAGCCCAGGUUAAACAAGGACUGACUAGGUGUAGAGAGAACCUUGUGAUUUCAAAGAGUUGCUGCUUUGGCAGUGCUUGUUCUAAGAAAAAUACUGCUAGGGAAGUUCCAACUUCUACUGCACUCAACAUCUAGUGAGAUCUGAUGUGUUGAAGUUGUUUUGGUUUGGCACACAGCAUGUUCAAUGAUGGUUACUCGCCUCACAAAGACAUGGAGAAGAAUCCUUUGGACACAGCAGAUGACACCUCCUGUUUUGUAGUGUAUCCUGGUGUCAUUUUCUGGGGAUGUGGUCAGGUAGUUGUUUUGUUGUUGUCAUUGGGCUUUUUAAAAAAACAAAAAAAUACCAAAAAAAUUUUUUGGUCUCUUUGGGUGGGGCGGGGGUGGGCUAAAGCCAUAGGAAGGAAAUGUGAUGUAUGUGUCCAGUAUGUACGAUUUUGUUUUUGUUUUGCAAGAAGAGUUGAACUAUUUUUGAUAACAAGAGUAAAUGGUGGAAAAUGCUUCUUAGUUGUCUUGUCUUUAUUUGCUUACCAAGUUUUGGAAUUUUAUUUAAAUCUUUAAAUGAUAGCAGUGUCUUAUGAAACAUGUAUUUACCUGAACUUUGUAACAGUUUUUGUGUUGAACCAUAUUCCCUGCUAUAUAAUCGUGUAAAUCUGUUUUUUAUUCACUAAUGAUCACUGCAGAAAUGACUAGAAAUGAGAUUGUACACAUGGAUAAUUAGGCUAUAUUUUGCAAAUCUCCCAAACUUUCCUAGUAUCUUAAAAUUCAUGGAGUACCUAAUUGCUUCCCAAAUUUGAUCACUUUGUUUCUUGAUGCAUGGGAGGUCGGCAAUAUAGACAAAGUGGACAUUAGUAUGUGAGGGCCUUGAUUGAUCUGUAAUAUUGCCAAUGAUGAAUUCAGGUUGUUUUUAGCACAAGUUUCUCUUUUUUAUGCUGGUAUUCUCACUGCCACAUUUUUGGAAACCUGUAUUACACCUUAAAUCUAUCAAUAAAUGAUAGUUUUCUAAUUCUAUGUUGUAGAAUACUGAGGAGUUUGGGAUAGCAUGUUUUGAAUGGUCUGUAUUAGCCGGGGGAAAAGAACUUUAUUACAGUGCCUUGGUUUUUUAUAUUGUUUUUCUUUAUGAUGUGUGGAUUUUUAAAAAAGUAAUGUUGACAAAUGAAUUAGCUGUGAAUUUAUUGAAGUAACUGGACUUCUCCAUCAGGAUAUGAAAUUACUAAACAAGAAAAACUGCAUUUAAAUUGGUAUAUCAUGAAUAAUCUGAGUCCUUGCCAUUAGAGAGUUAAACUUUUUCUUUUUGGUUAGAUUUGUUGAGUGUAUAUUUUCUUUAUGAAGUCCUAGGGUAAAGGCUCUCUGUAAUUGCUUUCUUAAAAAAAAUGAUAACCUUACUGAAGAAAAGUAAAAAUGUUAAACAAA